AUGGAGCCCGAACCAGAACGCAUAAAUUUAAACAGACCUCCAAGGAACCAACAAACAGGUCAGAGAUCGGGACAGGAUAGAGAUCGGGAUAGAGAUCGGGAUAGAGAUCGGGAUAGAGAUCAGGAUAGAGAUCGGGAUAGAGAUCGGGAUCGGAAUCAAAAUCAAGGAUAUAAAGGAGGAAGCACUAGCAGGACUAGUGUAUGUAGUCCCGAAUGUUAUGUGAAAGCCAAAAAAGCCGGAAAAGGGGUUAGGUAUCAGGAGGGUGGUGGGUCAGAUGAUAAUGAGAUUGGCAAUUAUCUCAGUCGUCCUGGAAAGAGCUAUUCCCAAGACGACGAAUGGUCUGACGGUCAGUCGGAUGAGUCCGCCGAGGAUAAUUAUCGGUCCCGGAAGAAGCCAUCCGUGCAAUUCUGCAGCUGUGUCGACUGCGACAAGAAACCGAAGAAAAAACUUAGCCUUAAACAGCGGAUUAGUAAGUUAACUAUUAAAAAUAGUAACUAUAAGAAGUUUGUGGACGCCUCCUCAAGCCGACAUCAUUCCAAGUCCCCUAAAAACUGUCUAAUGAAAACAUGCCAGUUGUUCAGGACAAAGGAUAAGGAGCGACCACUGACGGUACAUUGCAACCAUUCCCGGUGUUCCCACCAUCGUCCAUCGUCCCGAAAACCGUCUUUAAAAUCAACCCAUAAGCUGGUGAAGAAACCCUCGUACAGUAGCACCUCCUCUAGUUGUGUGUGUCGAGCGGGAUACUCCCGCGGAGAAUGCCCCAAACUCUGUAAAGGUCGGGCUCGUCAGGGCAGUGGAAGGGCUGAUGUCUUCUCCAGCGAGGACAGUGAUACCUGCCUAUGUGCAAGAACAUCGCAUAACUGUAACAACUUCCUGUGCUUGCAAAAGAAGUGCGUAACCGAUUCGGCGCAAUUUAUUCCUCUCCUACGCGAGCGCAGAGCUAUCUCCCAGUUGUGCAGACCCUUUGAAUCGCACUACGCUUCAGACCUGAAAAAGGCGCAAUGUGACGAGAAAAGUAAACCAAAGGUUUGGUCCGAGACCCGGUCAUAUAUGCCACUGGCAUCGGAUCGUCUUCUCAUAUCCGAAUGUCACCGGACCUGUAAAGUAGAGGGCAAGACCGACCCGGAUCAUCCGAUACGGAAAAAUGAAACCGUAUGCCCCAAGCCGGGUGCCCAUCCAGCCAUUCCUGGCAAGACCCGCCACAAUCCUCACAUGAAUUUUUCGGAACUAAAUAGCUAUGAGAUGAAUAUUAUGGAUAAUUUUGAAAAGUACAAGGCGGAGAAAGAUCAACCCUUGACCUGCUAUUGCAAAACUCCAAAGGGGACGGAAGAAACCGGGGAAGACACCGCCGAAGAAAGUGCUUCCAAUGAGUGCACUUGUGAUGUUCCAGAAUAUGUUCGCUGCAGCUGCCAGCCGAAGAAAUCGAAGUCAUCUCUUUUCAAAUGUUGUCGAAGGAAUAAGUCACCCAAGCCACCGAAGCAAGAGAAACCGCCAAAACCGCCGAAGCCCCCAAAACCAGUGAAGCCCCCAAAGCCAGAGAAGCCACCAAAAAUCAAGGAGCCAAAGAAAAAGGAGUCGAAAGUCAAAAUUAAGGAGCCCAAAAAGAAGAAAUCCUCAUCAAGUGGAUUUUUGUGUUUUAAUAAGGAACUUAAAAAGCCAAAGGAAAAGAAACCAAAGCCCUCCACCAGCUCCGUCAGCUCUACAAAGGAAAAGAAACCAAAAAAGGAGAAGCCUAAAAAGCCACCUAAAGAGAGAUCCUCCUCGAAGUCCAGUGGGUUCUUUUCCUGUAAAAAGAAGGAAAAACAGCCUAAGCCGCCGAAACCACCAAAAGAGCCAAAGCCACCGAAACCACCAAAGGAACCCAAACCGCCUAAACCACCAAAGGAACCUAAACCGCCUAAGCCGCCUAAGGAACCCAAGCCACCUAAGCCACCUAAGGAACCAAAACCGCCUAAGCCACCUAAGGAGCCCAAACCGCCCAAGCCGCCAAAGGAGCCCAAACCGCCUAAGCCACCCAAGGAGCCCAAACCACCAAAGGAGCCCAAACCACCAAAGGAGCCAAAACCACCAAAGGAAAGAAAAUUCUGUUCCUUUGGGAGGAAGAAGGAAAAGGAGCAGCCAAAGGAAGAGCCCAUGCCCAUAGAGCCAACACCUCGACCCAUCUGUUAUUGUACAAAAGAUCAGAUCAAAAAAAUUUGUACAGAUCGGUGUCAACCACAAAAGCCAGAACCACGAACUGCCUGCCAGUGUGACAGGCAAUGUCCUCCACGAUUCGCUGCCAAUAACAACCAAAAGGAUGCGUCGACUAAUUUCGAGUGUCCAUGUUCCCACAAGAAGCAAGAACCUCCUGAGCCUGCAGAUAAUUUCCAAUGUCCUUGUGCUGACAGCGACCAGGAACAGCCAAGGCGAUCGUGCCAGCCGACGGUUAAGUUCACACUGCCUUGUGCCAACUGCGAGCAAAAGGAUAACGAAAUCAAAGUCCUUUACGACUCCAGUAACCGUUUUCCCCAAGAAAGUUGCAGUUGCGCGGACAACUUUGGCCUAUAUUACCAAAGGGGUGAUCGUUGGUAA